GACCCAGCGAGCGGCACGCACCCAGCCAACCUUGCCCAAGCGGGGCCCCGGCGCGCAAUGACCGCGGCGCUGGCCGGCCCCCUGCGGGCGCUCUGCAUCCUCGGCUGCCUGUUGGGCCGCGCCCCCGCGCCCCCCGCGCCCAUCAUCAAGUUCCCCGGGGAUGUCGCCCCCAAAACGGACAAAGAGUUGGCCGUGAAAUACCUGAACACCUACUACGGCUGCCCCAAGAACCGCUGCAACCUGUUUGUGCUGAAGGACACGCUGAAGAAGAUGCAGAAGUUCUUUGGGCUGCCCCAGACGGGCGACCUGGACCAGAACACCAUCGAGACCAUGCGGAAGCCGCGCUGUGGCAACCCCGAUGUGGCUAACUACAACUUCUUCCCCCGGAAACCCAAGUGGGACAAGAACCAGAUCACAUACAGGAUCAUUGGUUACACACCUGAUCUCGACCCGGAGACCGUGGACGACGCUUUCGCACGUGCUUUCCAGGUGUGGAGUAACGUGACCCCACUUCGCUUCUCUCGGAUCCACGAUGGAGAGGCUGACAUCAUGAUCAACUUUGGCCGCUGGGAGCAUGGAGACGGGUACCCCUUCGACGGCAAGGAUGGGCUCCUGGCUCACGCCUUUGCCCCCGGCUCUGGAGUUGGGGGUGACUCCCACUUUGACGAUGACGAGCUGUGGACCCUGGGAGAAGGGCAAGUGGUGCGGGUGAAGUAUGGGAACGCUGAUGGGGAGUACUGCAAGUUCCCCUUCUUGUUCAACGGCAAGGAAUACAACAGCUGCACGGACACGGGCCGCAGCGACGGCUUCCUGUGGUGCUCCACCACCUACAACUUCGACAAGGACGGCAAGUACGGCUUCUGCCCCCACGAAGCCCUCUUCACCAUGGGUGGCAACGCCGAUGGGCAGCCCUGCAAGUUCCCAUUCCUCUUUGAGGGAACGUCCUACAACAGCUGCACCACAGAGGGCCGCUCUGAUGGCUACCGCUGGUGCGGCACCACUGAGGACUACGACCGCGACAAGAAGUACGGCUUCUGCCCGGAGACAGCCAUGUCCACCGUGGGCGGGAACUCAGAAGGUGCCCCCUGCGUCUUCCCCUUCACCUUCCUGGGCAACAAGCACCAGAGCUGCACCAGCGCGGGCCGCAGUGAUGGAAAGCUAUGGUGCUCCACCACGACCAGCUAUGAUGAGGACCGCAAGUGGGGCUUCUGCCCUGACCAAGGGUACAGUCUGUUCCUGGUGGCAGCGCACGAGUUUGGCCAUGCAAUGGGGCUGGAGCACUCCCAGGACCCUGGCGCCCUGAUGGCCCCCAUUUACACCUUCACCAAGAACUUCCGCCUGUCCCAGGAUGACAUCAAGGGCAUCCAGGAGCUCUAUGGUGCCUCCCCUGACACUGACAUCGACACGGGCACCGGCCCCACCCCCACGCUGGGCCCAGUCACUCCUGAGAUCUGCACACAGGACAUUGUCUUCGAUGGCAUCUCGCAGAUCCGUGGUGAGAUCUUCUUCUUCAAGGACCGGUUCAUUUGGCGGACCGUGACUCCAGGUGAGAAGCCCAUGGGACCGCUGCUUGUAGCCACCUUCUGGCCUGAGCUCCCGGAAAAGAUCGAUGCCGUGUACGAGGCCCCUCAGGAGGAGAAGGCGGUGUUCUUUGCAGGGGACCAGUACUGGGUCUAUUCAGCCAGCACCCUGGAGCGAGGGUACCCUAAGCCCCUGAGCAGCCUGGGGUUGCCCCCUGAGGUCCAGCGCGUGGAUGCUGCCUUUAACUGGAGCAAGAAUAAGAAGACUUACAUCUUCGCUGGAGACAAGUUCUGGAGGUACAAUGAGGUGAAGAAGAAGAUGGAUCCUGGUUUCCCCAAGCUCAUUGCAGAUGCUUGGUACGCCAUCUUCGACAACCUGGAUGCUGUGGUGGACGUGCAGGGCAGUGGUCACACCUACUUCUUCAAGGACACGAUUUACCUGAAGCUGGAGAACCAAAGUCUCAAGACUGUGAAGUUGGGAAACAUCAAAUCCGACUGGCUUGGCUGCUGAGUUGACUCAGCUCCUGGCCCUGCUGCCUCAUCUCCUUCUGCACCAGGCCCUGAGCAUCCGGAAAGACCCAGAUGGGCUGGGCAGCCUUCAGCUCUGUAGUUAACUAGCAGCGCCUGGAAGUUUAACAUUCCAGAGUGGCUCUGCUCUGUGUCCAAGGAAAGGUUCUCCCAGAUACCCACGCCCCUCCUUGAUUCCCCAACCCUCCCCGCCCCAUCACCUGGGACUCACCCUCUCCAAGGAUGGGUCUUCUCAUUGCAGCCCUGUUUGGGGCUGCCUGGUGCUGUGACCCUUCAGCCCUCUGCUCCCUCUACACCUCUGAGGCUCACAGCACCCGCAGAGCUGACAGAAACCCUUUCCAGGGGCCACUGGUGGCCCGACAGCCUGGCCUGACCGGGCCAGUUAGAGAGGGCUGAGACUGCACCUCCACUUGCUAUUUUGCUUCCUGUGCACUUUGCCCUUUCCGUUGGAUUUUGAAAACAUUUCCACUUUAAAUGCAAUUU